GUUUUUCAUGUUAUCCAACAUGGCUCAGAUGGUUGGUACAGAUGAGAUAGAAUCACUGAGAAUUGAGUUGUCAGAGGUAGGAAGAAGUCUGAGAUCAUCAUUUCAGCUUCAUGCCUCCAGUUUACGGUGCAGCUCAGCCCUGAGUUCAGGGAAAGAUGAUGCUGGUGUUGAAUAUGCUCUGCAGUGGGCUGCAAUUGAGAGACUACCUACAUUUGAACGGCUAAGAUCAUCUUUGUUUGAUAAAGAUAAUGAUGGAGAUAACAAUGGAGGGAUGGUUAAUGAUGAAGGAAAACGUGUGAUUGACGUCACCAAGCUUGGAGCUUUAGAACGGCAUAUAUUCAUGGAGAAACUCAUCAAACACAUAGAAAAUGACAACCUUCGGUUGUUGCAGAAAAUUAGAAAUAGAAUAGAUGUGGUUGGUGUGAAGCUGCCCACUAUAGAAGUAAGGUAUAAGGAUUUGCAUGUGGAAGCUGAGUGUGAGGUUGUUCAUGGAAAGCCCCUGCCAACUUUAUGGACAUCUUUUCAGCGCUUUUUCUCAGAUGUUGUGAGGCUCUCAGGUGCUAAGUCUCAUGAAGCCAAGAUAAGCAUCAUCAAUCAUGCCAGUGGCAUCAUAAGGCCUGGAAGGAUGACUCUACUGCUUGGUCCCCCUGGAUGUGGGAAGACCACCCUUUUAAAAGCUCUGUCGGGAAAUCUGGAGCAGUCUCUCAAGGUCACUGGAGAAGUCUCCUACAACGGUUACUGCCUAGAGAAGUUUGUUCCCCAGAAAACUUCCGCUUAUAUAAGCCAAAGUGAUCUGCAUAUUGCUGAGAUGACAGUGAGGGAAACUCUUGAUUUUUCUGCCCGUUGUCAGAGUGUUGGAAGCAGAGCCGAUAUUAUGAUGGAAGUCAGUAGGAGGGAGAUGGAAGCGGGGAUUUUACCGGAUCCGGAUACUGAUACUUAUAUGAAGGCAAUAUCUGUCAAAGGACUAAAAAGAACCAUUCAAACAGAUUACAUUUUAAAGAUCCUCGGACUUGAUAUUUGUGCUGACACGUUUGUUGGGGAUGCCAUGAUCAGAGGUAUCUCUGGAGGUCAGAAAAAGAGAUUAACUACUGGGGAGAUGAUUGUAGGUCCAACAAAAGCCUUGUUUAUGGAUGAGGUAACAAAUGGUCUUGACAGUUCUACAGCAUUUCAGAUUGUUACCUCUCUUCAGCAGCUAGCACAUAUCACAGAUGCAAGUUUACUGGUUUCUCUUCUUCAGCCAGCUCCAGAAACCUUUGAUCUCUUUGAUGACAUUAUUUUGAUGGCUGAGGGGAAGAUAGUGUAUCAUGGUCCAUGUGAUAAUAUCCUAGAAUUUUUCGAGGAUUGUGGGUUUAGGUGUCCUGAAAGAAAAGGGGUCGCGGACUUCAUCCAGGAAGUCAUAUCAAAAAAGGAUCAAGCACAGUACUGGCACAGCACUGAAUUACCAUAUAGUUAUUUUUCAGUGGAUAUGUUUGCUAGAAAAUUCAAAGAAUCCAGUCUCGGAAAGAAGCUUGAUGAGGACCUCUCGGUGCCAUAUGAUAAAUCACAUAGCCACAAGAAUGCCCUGUCCUUUACCCAAUAUUCCCUUUCUAAAUGGGAAUUGUUUAUGGCUUGCAUGUCCAGGGAACUUCUUCUCAUGAAGAGAAAUUCUUUUGUUUAUGUUUUCAAAACAAGUCAGCUUAUCAUUGUUGCAAUAAUCACAAUGACUGCAUUUUUGAGGACUCGGAUGCACAUUGAUGUCCUUCAUGGGAACUACUACAUGGGAGCCCUUUUCUUUGCUCUUGUUAUACUUCUUGUUGAUGGGAUUCCAGAGAUAUCUAUGACUGUUGCAAGACUUGAAGUUUUCUACAAGCAGAAAAAGUUGCGUUUCUAUCCAGCAUGGGCUUAUGCAAUUCCAGCCAGUAUUCUAAAGAUUCCUCUUUCUUUACUGGAAUCUCUUGUUUGGACAUGUCUUACUUAUUAUGUCAUUGGAUACAGUCCUGAAGCUUGGAGGUUCUUCCGCCAUUUCCUCCUCCUUUUUGCUGUGCACUUAGCAUCAAUAUCUAUGUUUCGGUUCCUGGCUGCAGUCUUCCAGACUGCAGUUGCUGCCAUGACAGCUGGUAGUUUUGCAAUAUUAUUCGUCUUUCUAUUUGGGGGCUUUGUUAUCACACGACCCUCCAUGCCAGUCUGGUUGAGGUGGGCCUUUUGGGUUUCCCCUUUAACGUAUGGGGAGAUUGGCCUUUCUGUCAAUGAAUUUCUGGCUCCUCGAUGGCAAAGGAUAUCAUCAAACAGUACAAUAGGGCGAGAAUUACUAGCAAGCCGUGGAUUAAACUUUGAUGGAUACCUUUUCUGGAUAUCACUUGUUGCCUUACUUGGGUUCACCUUAGUUUUCAACAUUGGCUUUACCUUGGCCUUAAGUUUCUUGAAGUCUCCUGGAUCUUCUCGUGCCAUUAUUUCACAUGAAAAACUUUCUCGAAUACAAGGAAGAGAAGAUUCCUCCAGUGGUGCACUUGGGAAAGAAAAGUCCACAAACUCUCCUGCUAAUAACAUCAAAGAGCCUAGCAAAGGCAGGAUGGUCUUACCUUUUGAGCCCUUAACAGUAGCAUUUCAGGACUUGCAGUAUCACAUUGACACCCCUUUGGAAAUGAGAGAACGGGGAUUUUCUCAGAAAAACCUCCAGCUUCUUUCAGAUAUUACUGGUGUUCUCAGGCCUGGUAUUCUUACAGCAUUGAUGGGUGUCAGUGGAGCUGGAAAAACAACUCUUCUGGAUGUACUUGCUGGAAGAAAAACUACCGGAUACACUGAAGGGGAAAUAAAAAUUGGAGGCUAUCUGAAGGUUCAAGAGACUUUUGCUAGGAUUUCAGGCUACUGUGAGCAAAGCGAUAUACAUUCCCCUCAAAUCACAGUAGAAGAAUCUGUGAUGUUUUCUGCUUGGUUGCGUUUGGCUCCUCAAAUUGAUUCAAAAACUAAAGCAGAAUUUGUGAAUCAAGUCCUUGAGACCAUUGAGCUUGAUGAAAUUAAGGAUGCUCUAGUUGGAAUACCUGGGGUUAGUGGGCUGUCAACUGAGCAACGCAAGCGGCUCACGAUAGCUGUGGAGCUUGUUGCAAACCCCUCAGUAAUCUUCAUGGAUGAACCUACAACCGGCUUGGAUGCACGAGCAGCAGCAAUUGUCAUGCGAGCAGUAAAGAAUGUAGCUGAUACAGGGAGAACAAUUGUCUGCACAAUUCACCAGCCAAGUAUUGAUAUAUUUGAAGCAUUUGAUGAGUUGAUCCUUUUGAAAAGCGGUGGGCGCAUGAUCUACUCCGGACCACUAGGGAAGCAUUCAAGUACGGUUAUAGAUUAUUUUGAGGCCAUCUCUGGCGUACCAAAGAUUCGAAAAAAUUACAAUCCAGCAACUUGGAUGUUAGAGGUCACUUCUGCAUCUGCAGAAGCUGAGAAGGGUUUAGAUUUUGCCCAAAUAUACAAGGAUUCUGCUUUGUACGAGAGCAACAGAGAGCUUGUGAGGCAGUUCAGUACUCCACCUCCUGGUUCCAGAGAUCUGCAUUUCCCAACUCUCUUCUCACGAAAUGCUUGGGGACAAUUCAAAUCCUGCCUAUGGAAACAGCAUUUGUCUUAUUGGAGAAGCCCUUCAUACAACUUGACCCGUAUUAUUCAUACUUUAGUAGCUUCCUUGCUUUUUGGUAUUCUGUUCUGGAAGCAAGGACAGAAAAUAGAUAACCAGCAGAAUCUAUUUAACAUACUUGGUUCGAUGUACACUGCUGCAAUCUUCUUGGGCAUAAGUAACUGCGCAUCAGUUUUGCCAUACGUUGCAACAGAGAGAACUGUCAUGUACCGGGAGAGGUUUGCAGGAAUGUACUCCGCAUGGUGUUAUGCACUUGCACAGGUGACAGUUGAGAUUCCCUAUCUGUUUAUCCAAAGUGUUAUAUUCGUGAUCAUCACGUACCCCAUGAUCGGAUACUAUGGAUCCGCUUACAAAGUUUUCUGGUACUUUUAUGCCAUGUUCUGCACAAUGAUGUAUUUCAAUUACCUGGGAAUGUCACUUGUAUCCUUGACACCAAAUUUCAUCUUGGCUUCGAUCCUAUCCUCAAUCUUCUACACACUCUUUAAUCUUUUCUCUGGAUUUCUCAUCCCUCAGCCACAAAUUCCAGGAUGGUGGAUUUGGCUCUAUUAUCUGACUCCAACUUCCUGGACAAUGAAUGGAAUGCUUACCUCUCAAUAUGGUGACAUAGACAAGGAAAUCAUGAUAUUUGGAGAGAAUAAAACAGUAACUUCCUUCUUAAAGGAUUACUUCGGCUUUCACCAUGACCGCUUGGCUAUCUCAGCGCUGGUUCUCAUUGCCUUUCCCCUAGCUCUGGCGUCCAUUUUUGCAUAUUGCGUAGGAAGACUGAAUUUUCAGAGGAGGUGA